AUGUUUGAUGGCAAGCAGUUUGAUGAUUGGAGAAUCAAGAUGCGUUUUGUAUUUGGGUUUCAAGAUGUUCUGGAGGUUAUUGAAGAGGGAGUACCUGAAUUGAGUGAAAAAGCAUCCCAAGAAGAGAGGAAAGAACACAAAUUGAUGGCCAAACUUGACAGUAAAGCCAAAUUUCUGAUGUACCAGUGUGUCAACCAGAAGAUUUUUAACAAAAUCUCAAAUGCUGAAACUACAAAGGAGGCCUGGGGCAUUUUGAUGAGGACUUAUGGUGAUGGAGACAGGAAUGCAAAGGAACUGGUUAACAAGAUGAGAGCUUGCGGUGACAAGAUGAUGGAAGAUUAUGUGGAUUGCUGGAGUGGUGAAGGUGCAAAGAACAAGCCACAGAAAAGGGCUAAUUUGGCUCAGGAGGAGGAAUCAGAUGGUGAAGCUGUGAUGUUGAUGGCCAGAACAGAAGAAGAUUUGUCAGAAGAGGAUGUAUGGUAUCUUGAUUCUAGGUGUUCUACCCACAUGAGAGGCAGAAAAGAUUGGUUUGUGGGAAUCAAGGAGGUUGUGCAGGGUAAAAUCCGUUGUGCUGAUGAAAGAAGAAUGAAUGCAGAAGGGUCAGACAGAGUUGUUCUGAGGGAAACAGGGGGAAAAGAGGUUGUAAUUGAGGAGCAGAGGAGGAAGAUGAGUGGCUGUGACAUCUCAGGUUUGAACACCUGA